AUGAACCCACACAUAUCGCUCCCAAGGCCAACAGGCGGCCCGUCAAACUUUGGAUCGACCCUAUCGUCACGGCGGAAUGAGGUCAAGAUGCCGCGUUUCUUCAAGCGCAUGUUCAAGUUUCCACAGAUGGACUUUGAGAUGGCCAUAUGGGAGAUCAUGAGCCUAAUAAUAGCACCCAAGAAGGUGUUCCGACAAAUCUACUAUCAUAAACAAACCACCAAGACAUACCACCGCCCCGACCCAUCAUUCACAUACCUACUCUCCUUCUUCCUCACUCUCACAUCACUUGCGUGGGGCUUCGCAUACGCCGAUGGCUUUACACAGACCCUUCAUAUUACCAUGGUCUUCAUAUUUGGGCACUUUUUGGUGCUAUCACUGUUGAUCGCAACGCUGUUCUUCUUCCUAGUCGGCCGGUUAUUGGGUCCGGACAACACAUUGCUACCUGGGCGACGGAGAGGACUAUACAACUUGGGAGAAGACUCAGGCAAGGAAGAGCUGGAGUUUGGUUACUGCUGGGAUGUCGCCAUCAGAGCGUUUGUGCCAGUCUGGGUGUUUCUCUACGUUGUGCAGUUCAUAUGCAUGCCAUUGAUUGGCACUCACCACUGGUUCUCACUGCUGCUUUCGAACACACUCUACCUGCUCGCGCUAAAUUACUACUUCAUCAUCACGUUUUUGGGCUACAAGGAAUUGCCCUUCCUACACCAUACCGAGCUCCUUCUAGUUCCGGUAGCUGUUAUGGCAAUACUCUGGUUUGCGUCCCUCUUCGGUUUCAACAUGUCGACACACUUCGCGCCAGUGUUAUGGACCGGCGCCAAGUUGCGGAAACACGUCUGA